GCAGCCCGGGCCAGCGGGGCCCGCCGCGGUGGCGUUCGCGGGCGCUGCCGCAUUGGCCGCUGCGGCACGGACGGCGCAGCCUCGGGCGCGGCCCGGCACAGGCGCCGGCGGUCCCGGCGAGCUCGCAGCCCGGCGAGGCGCCGGUCCACCCAUGGCCCUCGGGCCGCGGCCCCUGCGCCCACCCUUGAGCGUCGCCUCCGUCUCUCGCCCGGGGCCGCCGAGCCCCCGACACGGGCGAGAUGCUGAACGGCACAGGCCUGGACAAGGCUCUUAAGAUGUCCCUGCCGCGGAGGUCGAGGAUCCGCUCGUCCGUGGAGAUACCAUGUAAGCCAUACGCAGCACUGAGGAUCCCAGGAUUACUGUAAAUAUUUUAAGCACAUUACAGAGACUGAUUACAUGGGAAACUAGGGACCCGUUCAUUCUUCUUUGGGCUAUAAGAAGGCAGAGGAUGAGAUGUCCCGGGCCACGUCUGUUGGAGACCAGCUGGAGGCACCCGCCCGCACCAUUUACCUCAACCAACCGCAUCUCAACAAAUUCCGCGACAACCAGAUCAGUACGGCCAAGUACAGCGUGUUGACAUUUCUACCUCGAUUCUUGUAUGAGCAGAUUAGAAGAGCUGCUAAUGCCUUCUUCCUCUUCAUUGCCUUAUUACAGCAAAUUCCAGAUGUAUCUCCAACAGGAAGAUAUACCACCCUGGUGCCAUUGAUCAUUAUUUUAACAAUUGCAGGCAUCAAAGAGAUUGUAGAAGAUUUUAAGCGACACAAGGCAGAUAAUGCAGUUAACAAAAAGAAAACAAUAGUGUUAAGAAAUGGUAUGUGGCAUACCAUUAUGUGGAAAGAGGUGGCGGUGGGAGACAUUGUGAAGGUCGUCAAUGGGCAGUAUCUUCCAGCAGACGUGGUCCUGCUGUCCUCCAGUGAGCCUCAGGCAAUGUGUUAUGUCGAAACAGCUAAUCUGGAUGGGGAGACGAACCUUAAAAUACGCCAGGGUUUGAGCCACACUGCUGACAUGCAAACCCGGGAAGUUUUGAUGAAGUUAUCUGGAACCAUAGAGUGUGAAGGGCCCAACCGCCAUCUCUAUGACUUCACUGGAAACUUGAACUUAGAUGGGAAAAGCCUUGUGGCCCUUGGGCCUGACCAGAUCUUAUUAAGAGGUACACAGCUUAGAAAUACUCAGUGGGUCUUUGGCGUGGUUGUUUAUACUGGACACGACACCAAACUCAUGCAGAAUUCAACCAAGGCGCCUCUCAAGAGAUCAAACGUUGAGAAGGUGACUAACGUGCAGAUCCUGGUGUUGUUUGGCAUCCUCUUGGUCAUGGCCUUGGUGAGCUCAGCAGGGGCCCUGUACUGGAACAGAUCUCAUGGUGAAAAGAACUGGUACAUCAAAAAGAUGGACACAACUUCAGAUAAUUUUGGAUACAACCUGCUGACGUUUAUCAUCUUGUACAACAAUCUUAUUCCCAUCAGUCUGUUGGUGACUCUUGAGGUUGUGAAGUACACUCAAGCCCUUUUCAUAAACUGGGACACAGAUAUGUAUUAUAUAGGAAAUGACACUCCCGCCAUGGCCAGGACAUCAAACCUUAAUGAAGAGCUUGGGCAGGUGAAAUAUCUCUUUUCUGACAAGACUGGGACGCUUACAUGCAAUAUCAUGAACUUUAAGAAGUGCAGCAUUGCCGGAGUAACCUAUGGUCACUUCCCAGAAUUGACAAGAGAGCCAUCCUCAGAUGACUUCUGCCGGAUGCCUCCUCCCUGUAGCGAUUCCUGUGACUUUGAUGACCCCAGGCUGUUGAAGAACAUUGAGGAUCGCCAUCCCACAGCCCCUUGCAUUCAGGAGUUCCUCACCCUUCUGGCCGUGUGCCACACAGUUGUUCCUGAGAAGGAUGGAGAUAACAUCAUCUACCAGGCCUCCUCCCCAGAUGAAGCUGCUUUGGUGAAAGGAGCUAAGAAGCUGGGCUUUGUCUUCACAGCCAGAACACCAUUCUCAGUCAUCAUAGAAGCGAUGGGCCAGGAACAAACAUUCGGAAUCCUUAAUGUCCUGGAAUUUUCUAGUGACAGAAAAAGAAUGUCUGUAAUUGUUCGAACUCCUUCAGGACAACUUCGACUCUACUGCAAAGGCGCUGAUAAUGUAAUUUUUGAGAGACUUUCGAAAGACUCGAAAUACAUGGAGGAAACAUUAUGCCAUCUGGAAUACUUUGCCACAGAAGGCUUGCGGACUCUCUGUGUGGCUUAUGCUGAUCUCUCUGAGAAUGAGUAUGAGGCGUGGCUGAAAGUCUAUCAGGAAGCCAGCACCAUAUUGAAGGACAGAGCUCAACGGUUGGAAGAGUGUUACGAGAUCAUUGAGAAGAAUUUACUACUACUUGGAGCCACAGCCAUAGAAGAUCGCCUGCAAGCAGGAGUUCCAGAAACCAUCGCAACUCUGCUGAAGGCAGAAAUUAAAAUAUGGGUGUUGACAGGAGACAAACAGGAAACUGCAAUUAAUAUAGGGUAUUCCUGCCGACUGGUAUCGCAGAAUAUGGCCCUUAUCCUAUUGAAGGAGGACUCUUUGGAUGCCACAAGGGCAGCCAUUACUCAGCACUGCACUGACCUUGGGAAUUUGCUGGGCAAGGAAAAUGAUGUGGCUCUCAUCAUCGACGGCCACACCCUGAAGUACGCGCUCUCCUUCGAAGUCCGGAGGAGCUUCCUGGAUUUGGCACUUUCGUGCAAAGCGGUCAUAUGCUGCAGAGUUUCUCCUCUGCAGAAGUCUGAGAUAGUGGAUGUGGUGAAGAAGCGGGUAAAGGCCAUCACCCUUGCCAUUGGAGACGGCGCCAAUGAUGUCGGGAUGAUCCAGACAGCCCACGUGGGUGUGGGAAUCAGUGGGAAUGAAGGCAUGCAGGCCACCAACAACUCGGAUUACGCCAUCGCACAGUUUUCCUAUUUAGAGAAGCUUCUCUUGGUUCAUGGAGCCUGGAGCUACAACCGGGUGACCAAAUGCAUCUUGUACUGCUUCUAUAAGAACGUGGUCCUGUAUAUUAUCGAGCUUUGGUUCGCCUUUGUUAAUGGAUUUUCUGGGCAGAUUUUAUUUGAACGUUGGUGCAUCGGCCUGUACAAUGUGAUUUUCACCGCUUUGCCGCCCUUCACUCUGGGAAUCUUCGAGAGGUCUUGCACUCAGGAGAGCAUGCUCAGGUUUCCCCAGCUCUACAAAAUCACCCAGAACGGUGAAGGCUUCAACACAAAGGUUUUCUGGGGUCACUGCAUCAACGCCUUGGUCCACUCCCUCAUCCUCUUCUGGUUUCCCAUGAAAGCUCUGGAGCAUGAUACUGUGUUGGCCAGUGGUCAUGCCACCGACUAUUUAUUUGUUGGAAAUAUUGUUUACACAUAUGUUGUUGUUACUGUUUGUCUGAAAGCUGGCUUGGAGACUACAGCUUGGACUAAAUUCAGUCAUCUGGCUGUCUGGGGAAGCAUGCUGACCUGGCUGGUGUUUUUCGGCAUCUACUCGACCAUCUGGCCCACCAUUCCUAUUGCUCCGGAUAUGAGAGGACAGGCAACUAUGGUCCUGAGCUCCGCACACUUCUGGUUGGGAUUAUUUCUGGUUCCUACUGCCUGUUUGAUCGAAGAUGUGGCAUGGAGAGCAGCCAAGCACACCUGCAAAAAGACAUUGCUGGAGGAGGUGCAGGAACUGGAAACCAAGUCUCGAGUCCUGGGAAAAGCGGUGCUGCGGGAUAGCAAUGGAAAGAGGCUGAAUGAGCGCGACCGCCUGAUCAAGAGGCUGGGCCGGAAGACGCCCCCGACGCUGUUCCGAGGCAGCUCCCUGCAGCAGGGCGUCCCGCACGGGUAUGCUUUUUCUCAAGAAGAACACGGAGCUCUGAGUCAGGAAGAAAUCAUCCGUGCUUAUGACACCACCAAAAAGAAAUCCAGGAAGAAAUAAGACGUGAAUUUUCCUGACUGAUCUUAGGAAAGAAAUUCCGUUUGUUGCACCCGGAGUUAAAACAUCUUUGUCAGAAAAGACUGGCGUCAGCAGCCAAAACACCAGAAAACACAUUUCUGUGGCCUUAGCCAAGCAGUUUGUUAGUUACAUAUUCCCUCACAGACCUGGAGUGUAGAGCGCAGGGGAAGCCAUCUUUUCCCUCCCAAUUUGUCUGCAGUGCUUAGGCUGACUUUUGUUUACGUUGUCAUGAAGCAUUCAACUGUGCUCUGUGAGGUGUGAAAUUAAAAACAUUAUGUUUCACCAAUAUUUAAACAUCAGUACUAGUUGUCCUGGGAGAAGGGGAAAGGAGUUUUAUGUUGCGUGAGAGGCCCAUCCUGUGUAAUCGGAGCAGGGCACACUUGCUUCCUGUUUGGUCAAGUCACAGAUUAAGUCCAACGGGCCACAUGCAGACUUCACUGUAGGCAGGUUGCUCUCCUGCUUUGAUUCCUGUUUCGUUUGUAUGAAGUUGGCAUAAACUUCUUGAUUGCAGUGAAAUCACAAAAAUCUAUUCCAGGGUGGUCAACCUGAGAACAUUUAUUUGAAUCUGUUUGCCGCAUUUCCAGCAGGGUGAACCCACUGAUGCUCUGGCAGAAUUUUCCUCACCCUCUCCAGGUGCACUCGGCCCAGUCCCACCACCGUGUCCAGGUGCCCCUCACCCCCACAUCUGCUGCAUGGCUGGCCAUGGUGCUCAGUGCAUGGCGGCUGAUGGGCAGCCAACCCAAACCCACGCCUUUCCUUGUUCCACUGCAAACUCAGAUACAGAUGCGAAAAAUUCCUUCUUCCACCACCCUUCUCGUUCUGUAAAGAAAAGAAAUAUAGCCUUUUCCGCAUAUAUUCUGAAUGUCUCCUUGCCUCUGUCUGAUGUGGGGCCACCCCGAAGGUCAGAGUGGUGGUGGAACCCUUCAGCACUCCGAAUACUCACCUCCCAACCUCCAGACUGCCCGGCCUUUGGCAUCCACUUAUAUUAGAGCCCACGCUUGUUUCAGAGCACAUUUUGGACUUUCACUGUUGGGAACUGAAUGAAUUUAUAACGUGCCUGUGCGACGCCGGAACGCACCUGUUGCUCUUAGCUUUAGAGGCAGAGGAUGAGUAAACCCAGUUGCAAGGUUAUAGGACAUCGAGCGGGGAGAACAAGAGGGCCACAGAAGUCUUCAGAAGGAGAAGGAAGGGCAUGGAGACACUGAGAGGAGGGCACAGAGGAAUCACCACCAGAUCUCUACAGUAGAAACUCUGAAAUAAGCCUGAGACCCAGACAAGUGUCCUGGUCAGCCAGUGUAUAUUAAAGCUUAAACAAGACCUUUACAUACAGUUUUAAUUGAAAAGAAUUCCAAACAUUUCAGGGAAACACCUUUUUAAAAAUAUACUGACGUGGUUUCCUUUCUGUAUCCCAUCGGUGUUAGACACAGGUACCUAUCGGAAUACGGCGAAUCCUGAAUUCUAAGACAAGGAAGGGAAGUGCUGAGUCACUGACUUUCCCAACUGCAGAGUCCCACACUGUAAAUCUGAACCAGAACCUAGAUGCCCUCAGGCAUGAAUGUGAGCACCUGGAGCCCUUAAUAAGCAGCCUGCCUGGAGCCCUGUUCUCUGCUCUGCUUGCAAACCAGAUUUUGGAUGGCCUAAAGACUCUGGCAACUGUUACUGGUGAAAAUGGGAGUUCAGAGCAUGUUUUGGAUUUUCACUGUUGGGAACUGAAUGAAAUUAUAACGUGCCUGUGCCGCGAAGGAGCACACCCACCACUCUUAGCUGGAGAGUCAGAGGAUGAGUAAACCCUAUGGGGAUGAACGUGCUUAAUUAGGAAAUAAGACAUUUGUACGCUUUGCUUCCUAACCCUUCAUUAUCAGAAAUCUACAACUUAUUGGGCAUGGAAAUAAUUUAAAAUACGAUUUGCAUUGACUAAGAAAACCAGUCUUUACCUGUGAGGUGACCGGAAUGCAGAGAGGGCCUGAGGGGCAGCAGAACAAUGUAAUUCACGUUGCUGAGGCUCCCAAAAGGGCCGUUUCUUUCUCCCCAAGGUGCGUAAAGCAUUUUUAAAUACUAGAGCACCCAGCAAGACUGAAAGACUGUCACGCAGGAGCUAGGACACGAAAUGUGCCUGUGACUAACACGACAGACCCAGAAAGGUGAUGACCAAAAUAUCCAGAGGAGAAAUGAAAACUGGAAUUGAAUGUGAGUUACGUGUCGUAACUGUUAAUGCUUGGUUGUGUUUGGGAACUAAGCCUGUUUGGAAAGAGUGGAUUAAAACCUCAGUUUUUUCUCAGCUCUGUCUUGAACUUGGAGCCUUCCAAAUCAGAACUAUGAAUUUAAGUGUGUGUUUGUGUUUGGGGGUUUUUGUUUUUAUUUCUUAGAGUUCAUAUUUUUUCUGGGAUUUAAGUAUACAGGUGUAUUUUCCUAUUCACUUGAGAAGUAGACUAAACAGGCUUUGCAAUGAUGACACAUGCACACGGAGGAACACAUUAGAAGAGGUGCUUUUCUGUCCUCUCACGUGGUUGAGCAUUCUUACAGCUGAACAACUAAAUUGGUUUUCUAGGAGGAGCAGCUGUCACUGCAUGUGAUGUAUAAUAUUUAGCCAGGGCCGACUCGGGGGCUCAGUCAUUUGUCCUAUCUUUAAAUUGAGGUCAGAGUGUCACACACAACCCCUCCCCUGGGGCAGGGUGGACUGGCCUAAGUUGCAUACCCUGGCUGUCAGCUCAGAGAAAAUGCCACAUGGUGCUUGUCACUCUGCCACACACUGACUCCCGGGCUGGCAGGUUACACUUGGUUAGUCCUCCAGGGCCAGACUCUGGAUUGAGCUAAACUGGCAGAAUCCACUCAGACCGACCCUUGGUCUACUGCUGUACACAGCCCACUCCUGCGUCGAGUCUGUUUUGUCCUGGAUGUCCCUGCAAAAGGAAGAGACCAGUUGUGCUCUGAGCUUAGUUCUGGGUUUCCACUGCCCACUGACACCUGCCAGCAAGGGUAGCUGUGGAAACAUACACCAGGAGAGCAGGGUAGCCUGGGUAAAUACUGCAUGCUGAUCAGAACAGGCUCAUCGUCAUUUAGGAGUAGAGCUGAUAGUCUGCCUCAAUGCAGACUACUCCAGGCUUCUUGACCAUGGUUAUGUUCCCCCAUCUCCCAACACACACAUGCACACAUGAAAACAAAAGCAUGGUAACUCUUGGUUCAUUCGGUACACCAUACAAAAUGUGCUUUGGAGAGAGAAGAGCUAUUUCUUUGACACUAAUGGAGGAACAGCCCGAGAAGUGAACCUGGGCUUUGGGAGAACUCUGCUGAGAUUCUGUUGACAUUUUCCUUUCCUUGACAGGCUUCAGAUCUGUCUUUCUAUAGGGAGCUGGCUGUGAAAAUCAGUAAUAACUUCUCAAGCGUGAAAAAUGGGGGGGAAAGUGAGUCUGGGUAACUAAUGUCUUAUAAUGCAUAUGUAUGUAAAUAUUACAGGCUUUAACGUUGAAUUUUUUAAAAAGAAAGCUAUAGUCUGUAAUUUCCAUUUGUUAUAAGACCUUUAAUCUUGUUGUUUGGAACCAGACAGCAUUUUUAUCAGGUACUUGUGUUCCAAGGGAUUUAUGUCUUAAAGCACAGCUGAAUUGGAUGUUUGCAAAACUCUGCUACGGGAUAAGGUGGUCUUUAGUUUUGAAUGUGUGAAAGGACUGCGUACUCUUCAACCAGGUUUGAGUUACUGCCCAGGGUCAUUGUCUCAAAGUAAUUCAAGGAGUGAUUUAGCUUCAGCAUUUGAAAUGUAGCCUUUAUCUCCUGGGAUCCAUAAAAAAAUGUAAACAGGGAAAUGGUGGCUAAGCAGAGCCUGAAAUAAUAACUUAGCAAAGAAAUGAGUUUAUCAGAUCGAGUCAAAAGAUGGCAUCCCCCUAUUACACUCUAGAAAUGCUUUCUUCGUGUAAAUGUUUACACGCACAUAUGUAAUAAUGCGGACAGUUAAAGCCCCCUGCCAUCAAAAACAGAAAGUCAGUUGGCUUUGUUGUUGGUUCUUCAUUGGCUCAAGGCAAUUAACUGUCUCAGUGUAGCCUUGGGGGAGAUUAUUUAACCCCAUCAUAGCCAUUUUUCCAUCUUGAAGGGCAAGAAGGACCAUUAGAAGGUUUUCAGCGGGUUUCGGAAGUGAGGGCUCCAGACCCCAUCAUUAGGUACUCUCGAAAGGAGCAGAACGGCCAUAUUCGAUGUGUUGUACUCUUCAUUUAGUUUUUUUUCUCAGCAUCCCAAAUUGUCCAUCAGUACAUUCCCGUUCACCUUACCCGAUCUUCAUUUAAUGCCCAGUUUCUAACUAAUGCUCUGUUUAAAGCUCUCUUAAUUUGUUGGAUAUGAGUGAUUUGUGAAUCCAGCAUGUAACCCUGAGCAAGGAAAAAAGGGAAUUAAGCCAGCAUAAAUCUUAAUGGGCAGAAGCCACAAACAAAUGGGAGCAAGAAAGAAGGCUUUGCUCCCCUGCGCCCCACCACACGUAUAAUCCAGUGUUAACCUCCGAGGAACACCUCUGCUCUCCAGACUGAGGAGAGACAAAAGAGUGAUUCUUUUUACACCCAGCCUGGCGCAUUUUCAAGUGACAAUCUCGGGCCCUAGUUGCCUUUGAGACAUCCACUCUGCUCUUUCUCCCAGGCCUCAGCCCAAGAAAAACAUGCUCUCAAGAUUAGCCCAUAGGCAGUUCUUGUGACCUGGCUAAAGAAAGAAAGGAGACCUGUUUGUUUUAAAAGUCAAGCGCAAAGUGUCAGGUGGCUUUGAUUUAUGACAGAAAGAGGAAGAAGAAAGUUGGAAGAAUAGCACUAUCCAAAUAACCCUGCCCAGGAAACUUGGGGGUCAAGAGAGCUUAUCAAGAGCCUUUUAUAGGUGAGCUCUUCCGUGUGAAAGAAAAAAGGCCGGAAAGAGGGAGAGAGGCCAGAGAGCGGGCUGCCAACUCACUUCCAGUGGGAUUGGAGAGUGUUGUAUUCUUAGAGAUAACCUGGUAUGUGGUUAUAGGUGAAUCAAUAAAUAACUAAAAAAAAAAAAAAACAGAAAAAGAAAACCUGUCGUGGAGUUUCUUUCCUUCCCUGCACAGUAAAUACUUUGGGGUUUUCAUGGAUAAAAUCAGUGUUAAGUACUGUAACUCUUACUCUCCUCUCCCACCCCGCUCUCUCUCCCCCGUUGCCCGAGAUGGCCAAGUUCAGGCCUGUCCCAUGCCGCUUCCCUCUGAGCCUCCCUCUCAAGGGCCAUGCAGGCAGCUGCAGCAGGGCCAGCUGUGGGAUGGGGCUGCAGGUCACUGAAUUGCCGUUCAAAAGCAUCAUCUUUGUGGCGUCUUUCUCAUGCGAGCAAAGCCAUGUGCUCUCCUGUCUGCUGUCACAUCUGUGCCUGGAUUGCUUAAAUAUUGUUUGCAAUGGGGAGGUUUUAAUCUGGUUAUGCAGAAGGAAGCAGGGCUGUGGGGACAUGUUUAAUUGGCUCCCAGCAGAGUGGUGAGCACUUCCAUGGCGUGUGGGGUUUUUUGUUCCCUCCCUCUAGAAGUGUUACCAUUUUCACGUCCUAUUAAUGUCCUCUGGUUGUUAAAUUACAGCAGCACAUUAUAGUGCACUGGGUUCCCUCCUGGAGUGAAUACAAAUGAAGGGCAUCUACUUGUAUUUUUAGAAGUUUUGGGAUAAUUUCGUGAUUUGUGGCUUUGAUCAAUCCUGUUGACUGGUGUAUGUCUGCGCAAACCUGUUUCAAAUAAAUCUUUUGUUAAAGUAA